AUGUGCACUUACCGGUAUUUAAAAUGUAUAUACAUUAACACGUUGAAUAUGGACUUGCAAAAUGAAGAGAAUAAUAAAAUAUUUAAUAGACAUCAAAAAGUAAAAUUACCAAGGACUGAAAGAAACGCUGUCAAGUACAAAGGGGAUUGGAAUAAUUUACCAGAUUUGUUGCUCGAAAAUAUUUUCUCUUUUCUAGACAUUGGAGCAAAACAUAAUGCUUCAAAAACAUGCAAAUUGUGGUAUUCAGUUUUUCAUUUACCUUAUUCAUGGCAUACAUUUGUUUUUGAUGAUACAACCCUCACACGCAGAAAAUUUAACUAUUAUUCAGGAUGGCAGUACAUGUUAGAUCAUCUACGAGUGCAAUUGUGCCUUCAGUCCAUUGGCCGUUACGUUAAGGUUCUGGUGUUCAAACCGAUCACUAAUUUUUAUAACCUGUACGAGUUUAUGAACAUGAUAUCCUUCUACGCGGAACAUGGCCAAGGAAUAGGAUCAAGAAUAAGCACCUUACAGUACACAUUCCCGUGCAACAUGGCAACGUCGCGUAUCGACGAAUCGGUUUUAUAUGGUACAGGAGGUAAGCUUUUGGAAGCGCUAAAGAGAUUGAUGGGAAAUUUGCCGUCACUUGAGAGAUUGGAGUUAAUAGAUCUGAUGUUGGAUAACGAGGACGCACAGACAUUAUUGGAUCAAGUGUGUUUCUACUGUUGCACCACGUUGAAAACCUUGGUGUUGGUGAAUACUACUAAAUACUUAUGUCAGUUACUCCAUCCCGGAGCUUUUAUUAAUUUACAGGUAUUAGUAAUUAGUCCUCAGAAUUUAGGAAGCGAUUUGUUGUUGAUGUUGAGUCAAAUCAGACUCAGUCACUUGCACAUACUCCAAAACCGUUAUACGCCCAUUGAAAUCGAACCCAUGAACUCGUUCGACUGGAAACAUUGUGUAAAGGCAAACGCAAGGUUAAAAGUACAUCUCAGGGUGGAAUCCAUCAGGGAAAGACAGAUCUUAUGGCAACCUAGUUCACCCGUCUCGAGUAUAAUUUAUAAAUCUCCAAACAUGCGGAUGACCGCUGACAUUUUAAAUAAAGCAAUCGAACUGUACUCUGAUCGAUUGCUGACGUUCGGAUACCUGGAACUUCCAAAAUUCUAUCAACCGUCAUCGUUCAAAGAAAGAAUUGACACAACCUUAGUUAACCUAAUCCAACUUUGUCCUAAGCUGGAUACAUUAAUGAUUAGAGAAAAAAUAUCUACGUGCACAUUGUUAUUGAUUUCAUAUUAUGGUCAUUCAUUAAAAUAUUUACACGUUCGACGCAAUGCCGUCAUCUUACGAUGUGAUUGGCCACGUCAAAAUGAUUGGUCGGACGAGUUUUAUCAAUGGUUGAAAAAGUCCAGCACAUCGUAUGAAAUAGUAGAAGAAGAAAUUGCAUUGUCUUUAGGUUUAAGCAAAUGGACUAUGCUUAGUGAUCGAGAUUUUAAACGUAUAUCUCCGCAACUCUAUUCAACAUAUUAUAAAUAAAUAAAAUAUACCUAAAAACAGUAAAAUCUAUACACAUCUGGUAUGUUGACUUUAUAAAUUGUUUUAUUUUUUAUAAAAUAAAAAUUAAUGAAACCUAGAAAAUAUUAAGAUUGUAUAUUGUACAAUG